UGGUGAAUUUGUCAAGGGAUUUUCCAAGAAAUUCUGCUCACGAAAGCCCGCCGGAAUUGUCAUUUCCUGCUGAUACUGAACCAAAAGUAUUGACCGGAGAUAUAAACGAUAGCCCGGUGCCG